CCUUUUCCAUUUUCAAAAACUUCAUCUUUCUUUUCAUUAUUUUAACUCCAAAAAUUCAAAAUUAGACACCCACCCUUACAACUCAAAAGGAAUUACAUCAUUAUCAUCUCUGUUGAAUUCAGAUUUCAGGCACUUAUUUUCGAUAAAAAUGGAUCCCCAUCCUACACCUUUUCCUGGAAACAAAACCCAAUCAGUGAAAUCAAAGUACAAAAAGAUCUCUGAAGCACCGAAACAGAAAACCAAAGAAGCACCUCCUCCAAGGCACCGGAGAACAUUUGGUACGAUAAGGAAUCCCAAUGUCCCAGAAAAGCCAGUUUCCGAAAAACCGAAAGCAAAAUCUUCGAAUCAGAUCUCUUUAAAACCACCGGAGAUUGCACCGGUACCAAAAGCAGAACUGGCAAACAAUACCCCUCAAAACGGGAGCAACGACAGAGCAGCGGUGAGGAAGAAGAAGAGCGUCGUAUUCUCUGAAAAAGUUGAGGGAUCUGCGAGGAAAAACUCUCCCGCUAGAGAAGUUGACGGGGUGGUCAAAACUCCGGUGAGACCACCGUUUUCAACCAAACCUGUUAGAAUUCCGGGGACACCGUAUCUCAGUGCUGAAAAAUGUAGCAGUUGCCGGUUUGAUAGGCUGGAGACGGCGUCGUAUUGGCUCGGUCAGAUCAAAUCGUCGGAGUUCGUCGGCAAGCAUUUUGUCUCCGCCGCUUUCUUCCGGCUUGCUAAUGAUUGCAAAGCAGAGCCUACUCGAAAUCUUCAAACAGAGCUAAAGAAAUAUUUAGGUCGCCAUCAGUACUUAUCUACCAGGACUGAAUGGAAAGAUGUGUCUCGUAUAUAUGGACUAAUGGGUGAAGGGUGUGCAACUAAAAGCAAAGAAGACAAUGUGAACUUUGUUUAUGAAGUCACGACUACACAAAGUGGUUCCAAGUGUGUACAAGAACAAAUAGAGAAUGAGAAUGAUGAGGUGAAAAACAUAUACGAAGGAGGUUAGUUUUAAGUAAUUAAAUGUGUUUUUCUAGGGUGAUUAUGAAAGUGUGUGUUAUUAGAUUUGAUGUGUGGUUAUUUUAGUUUGUAUUGAUGUGUCGUUAUUUUAGUUUUCAUUGUGAAAAUUUGAG